AUGAUUGAAUAUUAAUAAAACAAAAAAAUAUGAUUUAUUAAAUAAUAGUGCGAAACAAACUUUAAAGAAGUGCUUGAAAUAUUUUGGCAGUGCUUAUGCGUGCAGUGUUAAAGCAAAGCAUGCAAAAGAAAUAAAUAUCGUCUAAAAUGCUUCAAGAAUGGGCAAGAAUCGGAACACCGUAUCCACAAUGCAUAUUUCAAAAAUAGAAAAAUGCGGUUCUGCUCUCAAAAUCGGAUCUCAUUUUAUCUGAGUUGCCGUUGCCUAUGUGCAUCCGAAAAAGUUUAAUUAAAAAAGAAAAAAUAUUAAAAAAAAAAAAGAACUUAACUUUAAAGUAUAAAUUAUCUGCUGUGUGUAAGAAAAAAGAACAAACGUAUCAUCUUUAUUUACCUGUCCUUCUACUAUCAAAAUGUCUUCUUCAUCGCGCACCUCCGAUUGUCGUAAAUUUUCACCAAAUAUUUUCAAUAAACGGAAAUGCAGUCAUUGUUUUCGGCAACGUGAAGAGCACAGUGCCGCAGCCUUGGAGUCCAAUCGGGCUUCACGAAAAAUUUCGAAAUGUGGUUAUCUUUUCGUAGCACCUGACUGGGACUUCAGUAAUCCACUAUAUAGAACAAAGCGAUGGCAGCGAAGAUGGUUCGUACUCUACGACGAUGGAGAACUUACUUAUUCAGUGGAUGAGCACCCCGAGACAAUACCACAAGCUUGUGUAGAUAUGACCAAAGUAUUAGAAGUAACUACUGCAGAAGAUGUUACUGGACACACAAAUGCCCUUGCUAUUACCGCACCCGAUCGUAUAACAUUUGUUAAGGGAACUUGUCCCGAAGAAUCAAAAUGGUGGCUCAAUAUAUUAGCAGCAUUCCCAAAAUCAAAAGGACGACACAAACGUAAUGCAACUUUUCCUGGUGGACAAGCAACUACUAUUAUACAAACAAGUUUAGAUGGAAGUUCUACACCGAUGCGCAAUCGCCAUAAUUCAUAUCACAAAGAUGCUUUAACAUCGGUACAGUCAGCUUCUGCUUCAGUUCUCAUCGGUAAUAUGACUAAUGAUGGCGGUAAAAGUUUAGCGAAUGUUUGGAAAAGUAAAGAUGCGAAUACUAGUUUAGAUCCCGAUAUACAGGACGAUGAGGACAUUGAAGAUUGUCAGCUGGAUGCUAAAAAAGAAAUUAAAAGUAAUGAAACAGGCAAUUCCACAAAUCCUAUCGGACAAGACGAAAAUAAUCGAAACGCUGGAAAUGAAAUUACAAAUAGAGUUUCUUCAUCGUGUUUGCUUAUUGAAGAUAUUCGACGUGAUGAGAAAACAAUUAAAGAUAUUGCCAAUACAAUAACAAACCUAAGUCAACAAAAAAAUCGCUGGUCGACAACAACUGUGAACAAUGUUUUAAAUAGUCAUCUUCACCAUACAAAUUUAAGUCAUGAUAAAGAAAAGAGUUCUCAAGAUGAAACUGAUUUCCAUCGACCAACCAAAAUUGUGCAGAUCCAACAACAGCAACAGCAGCAGCAACAACAACAACAACAACAACAAAUCAAACAGCAAACAACAGUUGUUAACCUAAGACCAAAAUCAUUACCUUUGCCAUGUAAUACGACAUCAGCCAUUGUUUCAACUAUCGUCAAGAAGAUGCCACCUGUGUUGGUAACAUCGGCUAACUCGAAAUGCAGUACAUUAGGUGAUAGUAACACGAGCAACAAUGGCAACAACAACAGCGGUAGCAAUAAUAACAACAUCAGCACCACAUGCAUUAGUGUCACCAACAAUAAAUCAAAAUCUAGUCCCCGAUUACAAAUGCACUUCAAACAGCUACAACAGAAACAUCAAAAUAAUCAGGAGCUUCAGCAGCAACAACAACAAACACAACAAGUCAACGAAAGAGGAGACCCAGAUGGUGGUUGCAAUUUAGAUGAUCUCUCAAGCAACUAUUUGAGCAGUACUGCUGAACUUCGUGUCAAUACAUUGAAAAAAGAGUCACUUAAUGCCAAGAAAGGAUGGUUGAUGAAACAGGAUAAUAGGUCUGGUGACUGGACAAAGCACUGGUUUACGCUAAAUGGCGCAGGAUUAUUUUUCUAUCGUGAUCCUAUUUCCGAGGAACGUGGCGUACUAGAUGGUGUACUUGAUGUGAACAGCUUAACGAAUGUUACUGAGGUGAAUGCAACUAAGAGCUAUGCUUUUCAGUUGGUUUCGUGGGAUAAACAACGUUUAACACUUGCUAGUUUAUCGCCAAAUUCACGGAAUAGCUGGAUUGGCAUGUUACGCCAUGCUGCUGGCUUGCAUCUUCAGACAAAUUCUAACAAUAAUUCAACCAAAGCAACGACAUCAUUACUUAGUGGCGAAUCCAAACUUUCGGUAUCACCGACUGAUAUUGUCAUUAAGGAAAUAAAAUACGAUAAUGCAAAAAGCGAAAUCGAAAAAGAUUUCAUAAAAGCACAAAUUAAUCACGAAUUAAUGUUGCAAAGUCAUGAAGCUGAAAUCAACAAUAAAUCGAAAAAUAUUGAUAAUAAGCAUAUGAUAACUGAAACUAGUCCGAAUGUAGUUAUAAGUACCACAAGUUCAACACCAAAAGUCACAGCCAUAAGUUCGAUAGCACCAAAGAUACAAACACAAUUCUCUUCAGAUGAAGAAUAUCGAACAGCAUCUGAAGGUGGUCGGCGUGAUAGCAUUGAUUGGGGCUCACCACUGUCACCUUCUCCGCCAAUUACUUCGCCGUUAAUUCGCAAUGCAAAAGAUCGUAUGCGUCCACGUACAGUAAAUUGUUCGCGUUUACAGAAACGUAGUAGAUCUUCACCACCCAGUUCAAGGCGUAGUACUGUUGAUAGUGUUUGUUCUGAUGAAUUGCCUAUAAUACAUCCUGUCUUAGAAGAACUCAAUAUUGACAAAGAACUACAAUUUCGUUUAUGCAAUGCAGAAAAAGAACGUGACACACUACGGAACGAAGCUAAAGAUCGCGAAGCUCGUAUGUCAGAACUAUUGUUAACGCUUGAACGUACAGAACAGGAACUUAAUUCGCGAAUAAAUGAAAUGGAAGAAAUUCGCGAAAAUUUAACAACGCAACUGGAUGAUGCUAGAAAAAAUGCGGAGGAAAUUGCUGAUAGACUAACUGAGGAAUUAGAAGAAAGCCAAAAGAAAAUAAAAGAACUGGAAUAUCGUCUCGCACAAGGCAUAGAUGAAAAUGAAACCCUCUACAAAAAAUUUCGAGAACUCGAGGAAUGCACUCCAACUAGUUUUAAUAUAUUAAAUCGAAGCAAGAUCAAGCGUAUGGAUUCAUUAAGUAAUUUAACACAGAUACAUUAUAUUGAUCCAUAUAGUGUCGAACGAGACUCAUUAGCUGAGGAAUAUAAUGAAUUGCGUUCCCGUUUUGAAAAAGCAGUAAACGAAAUAAAAGCAAUGAAACGUGAACUCAAAGAAUCGCAAAACCAGUUUGAUUCGCUUGAAAUAUCGUAUGCUUCUCUUAAACAAGACUUAGAGCGUAGAGAAAUUGAGGAUCGGUCGCAGUUACAAAUGAUGGCAGCCCGCAUACAGGAUCUUACAUUAAAGUACAGUAGUUCGGAGCGGCAGGUACGUACAUUAAAGCAAAAGUUGGCUAAAUCGGAAAGAAGGCGAUCGUUGUCAUUGAAAGGUAAAGAGCAACUGUCAAUAUCAAAGGAGUUAGAAGUCAAAGUAUCCGAGUUGGAAGCAAAAAUUGAUGUAAUGGAGAAGCAAUCACCUGAACAAAAACCAAUUUAUCUUGAAAACAAGCAGCUUCAAAAGAAAUCUUCCCGUCGUAGAUCUUUAGAAAGUUCUGCAAGUACAGAUUCACUGCAGUUUAUGGUCAGAGUAAAUGAUUUAGAAAAACGUAUGGAGGGUAUUUCACCAACAUCAUAUUCCGCUCCACCAACCCCAGCCAGUACGCCAGCUACAGAAAAUUUACACAAAAAAACUACUAGCACGCCCAAAAUAUCUGAACACUUAAUUGAAAGACUGAGGGGCCUAGAGAUUGUAUUAGUUGAAAGCAAAAAUCGUCUUGAAUUGAGCCUGCAACAGCUACAGAACCUUCGCUCUGCACGUGCCAGACGAUCUGUUUCACCAAUUACUGAUCGUAAAGACUGUUAUCGUUACGUAGAACGGUGUAUUCAUGACGUUGUCAAACUGUUAAGAGAGUCAUGUGAAAAAUGCACGGUAAGCAGUAGUAUUAAUCCACCAAGUGUUACACUACCCGAAGCAGGACUCGUAAGAACAGCAUUAACGCAGCUUGAAUCACAGCUGCGAAACAAAUUAGCAGACCUUCUGAAACAACGACGUGUUCUGCGAGACAGAAACGAACUGACAAAACGAAAAGAUCUCGAACUAUUAGCGGAACGCAUUGCAUUUGAAAGUGUUUGCUUUGGUAGAUUGCGGGAUUCUGUUAGUCGUGCUGAAAACCCCGAAACGUUUGGCGAGAGGCAAACUCGUGCUGAAGUUGCAGAAACAUCUCAUUUGAUGAUUAUGUUGAAGUCAAAAUUAAGCGGUAAAUCUGCGUUUAAAACAACAGGUAGCUUAGACAUCUUAGCUGGUGUACUAGCACGUCGUCUUGUCCUGUCCUCCUAUCGCAAGGAUAAAGAAAAAUUAAAUUCAACAAUGGAACCAAUUGAUCAAAACAUUCUGGAUGAUUUAUUAAGGCAACAAACUGAAAUAAACGUUAUUGUGAUGCGCUAUAAAAACAACGCAAUUGAAAACUUAGCCACUGGUUUAGCAGCUGAGACACUCAGUUACAUUUCUUCAAAUGAUUUGGUGCAAGGUGCCGUGCAAGAAGCUUGGAGACAAGCACAGGAAACAGUAAAUGCAGAAUUGGUGCAGUCGGAAAUUGCUCACAUUAUGAUGCGAAAUGCUGAGCGAUUUGAAAACUCAAUAAUGCCUGCAUUCGGUUACACGCUUACAGCAGAAGAACGACUGUCAUUUGAAAAGUUUGCUGACGCAGUUCACGAAACCCUACGCAAAGAAAUGGAAAACGCGGUGGACUUGUUAACGCAUUGCUAUGAGGAAACGAUGCAAAAGAUUAAACAUGGUCAGUGGCGCUUACAUUUGGAAGAUGAAAGAAAAACCUCAGAAGGCCGACAGUUGUUAUCAGAAUUUGCUGAUAUAAUUGCUCAUAAGGCAUUAGUUGAUGCUAGAAUUGCGGUACUGCGUGGCGACUAUUCAGUAAACCAAAAUCGGGAACAAUGCGAUUCGAAUGCAAACAUUGGCAUAACUUCUUUGCAGAAAUACGAAAACCUUUUUGAGGAGUUGUCAAACGAUUUGCAAAUAAAUAAUCCGGAUGACAUACUUGCUGAAGCAGAUUUCGAAUUUCUUUACAAACAAAACACAGUUGAUUUUCUAACUGAUCGUCAAGUAUUGUCCGAAAUCUCAGUAUUUCUAGGACAAUUAGAGGAUUCGCUAAUUGCACUGCAAUGUGAAGCUGACUCAUCAACAGCUAUAUCGCGGGCUGCUAUUUCCAUUGAAAGUCUGCAAGAUGUAUGUAACAAAUGCUGCGACCUAAGACAACGCGCAGACCAGUUGCUGAAGGAAGUGCAUCGCAAACUGAAUACACCGUGCCAACACUGUUUGCAAAUACGCGAUAAAUUGCGAAAUUUACAACAACAACAUGAAACUGAAAUUUCACUCCUCCAACAAACCCAUACCAAAGAUAUAAACGUGCUCAUUCAGCAGGUUGAAAAUCAAAAAAAUGCGCUAAAAUCGAUUGAAAUGGAAAAAAAGGUAACCGAAUGCGAUUUGAGUAAGAGCGCGAAGAUCAUUGAGGAACGCGAACACGAAUUGGAACUUAUCAUUCAAAAGCUAGCGGCUAAAGAAAAUGAACUUAUGCGGAAGCAAAGUAAUCAACUUGAGCUGUUCCAGCGUUUUGAUGACAUGGAAGAUAAGCUGAAUAUGUAUCAAAAGGAGAGUGAAUCACUGACUUUGAAAUGUGCACAGCAAGACAAGGAAUAUGCAUUGCUCUUGCAAGAACGCGAUUUCUUUAGUUCAGGUCUUAAUAAAGAGAAAGAACGAAGCCAAAGGUUUGAAAAGCGACUCGAAAUGCUGGAGUUAGAGCACGGCAAACAAAUGGAAUGCUUGCAAGAAGCAUAUCGGGAUCAAAUACUUUCACAUUGUACUGAUUUUAGUAAUGCGCUUGACGAGGAGACAUUCAGACAACGAUAUCAAACCGAGAUCGAGCAAUUGAGAACUCUUUGUGAGAAGGGUUUAUCUGCAAUGGAAUCAUCUCAUAGACGAAUUGUUAGCGAUUUAGAAGAGAAACAUCGGCAAGAAAUCGAUCGUCUGUUGAUUGAAAAGGAAACUGCUUUAGCAGAAGAAACACAGGCGACUUUAGCUGCGUUAGAUGCUAUGCGCAAAGCUCAUCAAAGUGAAGUCCAACGUGAAGUGGCCCAUUUUAAACAGGAAUUCUUAAAGCAAUUUAAGAAAGGUGAAGAUACAACAGACGCAAUCAGAGUGAAUGAGGAAGAGCUUGAGGAGUUGCGUCAUGAAAUUCUAUCCUUCUCCGAAAAGUAUUCUAUAAAAUGUGUUGAAAAUGCAGCUUUAGAGGAAAAAUUGAGAGUCGUUAACCAUAAAUUAAAAAAUUUUCAACAAAUGCAGCAAUUGGAAUUAAGAAAUAAACAAUUUCGUGCACAUCUGGCUUCAGAAGAUACAACGACUGAUUCAUCUUUUGUUCAGGAUCUGAGUUUUAAAGAUGAUAUAGCUAGUCGAGAUAGUGAGCUAAUUACACACGUUGAACAAAUUGUACCUCAAACCCCGGCGAUUGAAACAAACCUACUAUCAUGUGAAGAGGGAAAUGAUGGAGCAGCACCACUUGAAGCAGUCAUAAAUACUAGUCAAUCUAAUUCAAUCAAACCCGACGUACACUUAACUAAAAACAUAAGAGUGUGUCUGGAAAUACCUGCGGAACAUAGCAUUGAAAGAAGCUGUGUUCAAAGCACCGCAGAAAUACAGAUAGGAGAAUUAAAAACCAAAUAUGGAAUUGAUAAUAUGGAUGACGAUGAGAGUGAAGACGAAGGGGACAGCGAUAACUGUAGCUAUUCGUAUGAACCUUGCUACAAACCAUAUACAUUUCAUGACAGGAUAAGUUUUGAAGGUUUAAAAUGUUCAACAUUUGGCAAAAAUUUAAGAUCAACUUCUAAAAAAUCCGUUAUAUCAACAGCAACAACACCAACAGGUUCAAACAGUUCAGUAACUACACAGCAAUCAUCAUCAACAACAUCAUUGUUGUUACAUUCGAAAUAUAUCGAUAAACAUCAAGUUAAAUUAAAUCACGAUCGAAUCCCGAAGUAUCGAAAUCAGCCAACUCGCGAAUUAACUGCAACGAAAAAUAUGAAUCAUUUAAGUGUGGAAUCCAAAGAAAAGAAAAUGGGAGCUCAACAAGAGACUUCCACAAAUCAACAGGCUCAACAGGCUCAACAGGAGUUGCAAUUAUUGAAUAAUGAUAUUAGUUGUAAGGAGGAGAAUAUAGCAAAAAAAGACGAGCAGAAACAAGCAAUAUAUGAUUUAAGAGAUAGAGGCCCUUUACUAAUAAAACCAGUGAAACAACCAAAGACUCAUAGUGCUAGCACAUUUAAUUUAAAUGUUAAUAACUUUUCUAAGAGUAAAAAUUAUAAUAUAACCAAUACAAACAGUAAGGACACAAAAAUAAGACAAACAAAGCACACACUUAAUUUAACAAACCCAUAUAAAAAACAUAAUCAUAGUAUUAGUCAUUCGAAACAGAGCAUGAUUCUUCUAAACAAUAAGCCGGCAACAGCAACAGCAACAGAAGUUCGUUCCACAAAUCAGACAAUAACUGAAACAACAAAUAUAAGAAUCGCUGAAAAAAUUGCUAUAAAUUUAGAAAGUUUUGCAGAUAUCAUUAAGAAUACCAAAGCAACAGAACCCACUCUUAAGUCUGCAACUGUAAUGCCCCUACAACAGACUACAGUGGCAAGGACUGUAGACAAUCCAGACAUACAAUCAACAGUUGCAGUUCAAAGCACAAAACAGGAAAUAUUGUCACAAAGUAAAACAGAUAUAUUUCAAGUUUCAACGGAUCUAACAACAAAUGAUGUUGAUGAUGAAAAAUGCAGCUCAGCCGAUGAUAGCAUCGCUAUCUAUAAUAAUCGCAGUAGAUCACUAAACGCAUCUGUCAGUAAUCCGAGUAGCAAUACUUCAAAGCCUCAUAAUAAUACUAGCAAUAAAAGCAAAAUUAAUAAUGAUGGAUUUAAUAAAAAGAAAACACUCGGAAAAAAGCUUUGUUCACCCCCUCCCUUAAGUGGAAGGGACGUCGAGCAACAUUUUGAAACUGAAUUUGUCGGGACUGAAGGAAAUGAGAACUGGCAAAUCAGCAAAAUUUCCGUCAACAAAAAGACUUUUCCCUCACAGUUGGGGCAAUUCGAACUGGAAAUUUAGCAGGAACAACACAUAUAUAUAAAUAAUAUAUAUAUCAGAUGGUUCAUGAACUAUUAUAAUUAUUAUAAUGCAAAGCAGACAUAAUAUUUUAUUUUAAAAUACUUAGUCAUAAUGCGACUGUUUUAUUUGUUGUUUUAUCAGUAUAAUUCCCUUUUGUCCCUCAUUUACUUUACCAACACUUCAUUGUUUUUCUUUUGUAUUUGUAUAUUUAAAACCCC